AUGGGCUUACAUAAACAUAAAAGGGCCAGUAUUGGGUUAAACUUGAUGGUUUUGGUUAAUGCUGCUCACGUCAUUGGACUUCUUUACAGCCCCACCACUAAAAAAAGAAGAGGAACCAAAGGUUUACUCUUCCUGUUCUAG